AUGAGGAGGGAUAAUCAGAGUAGCCUGUCAGAAUUCCUCCUCCUAGGGCUCCCCAUUAGGCCGGAACAGCAGGAAAUGUUCUUCUCCGUGUUCCUGGGCAUGUAUCUCACCACAGUGCUGGGGAACCUACUCAUCAUCCUGCUCAUCAGGCUGGACUCUCGCCUCCACACCCCCAUGUACUUCUUCCUCAGCCACUUGGCCCUCACUGACAUCUCUUCCUCAUCAGUCAUAGCACCAAAGAUGCUGAUGAACAUGAAAACACGGAGUCAAUCCAUGUCAUAUACUGGGUGCAUUUCUCAGGUGUACUUUUACAUAUUCUUUUUUGAUAUUGACAGCUUCCUUCUCACCUCAAUGGCCUAUGACAGGUACGUGGCCAUUUGUCACCCCCUCCACUAUACCGCCAUCAUGAGUCAGAGCCUGUGUUUCUUGCUAGUUACUGUGUCCUGGGUCUUAUCCUUUGCCAACGCCCUAUUGCACACCCUGCUUCUAGCCCAUCUGUCCUUCUGUGGAGACAACACCCUUCCUCACUUCUUCUGUGACCUCCCUACCUUACUUAACCUAUCCAGCUCGGACACAUCAACCAAUGAAUUGGUAAUUCUUACUGUAGGGGGGGUGGUCAUUAUCCUUCCAUUCGUAUGCAUCCUGGUCUCUUAUGGUCACAUUGGUGCCACCAUCCUAAAAGUCCCCUCAACCAAGGGAAUCUGCAAAGCCUUGUCCACUUGUGGCUCUCACCUCUCUGUAGUGUCUCUGUACUAUGGGGCAAUUAUUGGGUUGUAUGCUUCCCCCUCAUCCAGUGACUCUAAUAGCAAGGAUGUCAUUGUGGCUAUAUUUUACACUCUGGGCACUCCCAUGCUAAAUCCCUUUAUCUACAGUCUGAGAAAUCGGGACAUGAAAGGAGCUCUGGGAAACAUACUCAGUAAAGGAAAGUUUUCACCAUAA